GAGCGAGGCAAGGAGCUGGAACAUAAAGGGGGAGGCAGAAUAGAACUCACAUGCUGAACUCUGAUGAAACUGCCAACACAACUGAUGUCUGUGAAGAAUCAGCAUUGGUGCACUGGCAUAAGAUAACCUUGAUCACCAGUUGCCUUUUUGAUGAAAGUGGAAUUCCUUUGUCAUGUCAUUACUCACACACGUGUUGGCCUGCCUCUUUGGCAUUGGCUCAUGGGUAACCAUCAACGGGAUGUGGGUGGAGCUACCUCUAAUUGUCCCUGAGAUUCCUGAGGGCUGGUAUCUGCCCUCCUACCUCACUAUAAUUAUCCAGAUGGCCAACAUUGGCCCCCUCUUCAUCACACUCAUGCACCGCUUCAGACCUGGAGUGCUGGAUGAGCGACCUGUUAUCUACACCAUUGUGGCAGUCGGUGUGGUGGCCACCUUCCUCCUUGCUUUCUUCUGGAAACACACACUUACUUUAGGAAAUAGCAAACACAGUGCUGCCUUACUGUCUCUCAGCUUCCUGUUGUCCGUAGUGGACUGCACCUCUUCAGUCACCUUUCUACCCUUCAUGAUGCGACUGCAGCCGAAGUACCUCACCACCUACUUCAUUGGGGAAGGUUUAAGUGGGCUGGUCCCAGCGCUAGUGGCUCUUGUCCAAGGUGUGGGGGUGGUUCACUGUAAAAAUGCUAGUGCUAUUGCAAAUUUUGUCAUGGGGAACUCAUCGUGGGGUUCUGCAGGAGAAUUACAAGCACAAUACCAGCCAGCCAACUUCUCUGCUCAGGUUUUCUUCUUGUUCCUUAGUGCUAUGAUGAUAGUGUGCCUGGGCAGCUUCCUGUUGCUCAACCAUCAUCCAGCUGUGGCGUGGGAACAAAAGAGCAAAGAUUAUGUUGUUGAGUCUCAGCGGGUGGAUAGGAUUGAUAUGGGCCAAUCCUUGAAGAGUGAAACUGUAGAACAGAGGCCCAUGUUAAAUUCUCCAGAAACCCUGGUGAUACGCCACAGCACUUUUGGAAAAGAAACCUACAGCAGAACAGAGCUAGUCUUUAUUUUUGUGGUUUUGGCCUGGGUCAAUGCAUUGACCAAUGCAGUUCUACCCUCAGUCCAGUCUUACUCCUGUUUGCCUUAUGGAAAUCAGGCCUAUCAUCUAGCAGCAUCCUUGUCCGCAGUAGCCAAUCCGGUGGCCUGCCUCAUUGCCAUAUUUGUACCAAUCAGGUCUCUAAUGCUGAUGGGGGUUCUAACAGUGACUGGCACAGGGUUUGGAGCAUACAUAAUGGCAAUGGCAGCUCUAAGCCCUUGCCCUCUGCUCAUCCAUCAUGACCUAGGAGCAGCACUCAUUGUCUUAACAUGGGUCAUUUUUGUCCUAACUUUGUCCUAUGUGAAGGUGAUAAUUGGGGUGAUCUUGCGAGAUGAAGGUCACAGCGCCCUUGUGUGGUGUGGAGCUGUGGUGCAGCUUGGCUCUAUGUUAGGUGCUCUGUCAAUGUUCCCUUUGGUUAGUGUUUAUACACUUUUCCUAUCAGGAGAUCCCUGUAACACUAAGUGCCCCAAAUAAAAGCAAGUGUUGUUCUGAUGGAUUCAGUGUACAACUCUAAUGUGUUAGUGAAUAAACUCCAAACAUGAUGAAGAAACAAAUUAGAAUGUUACAGUUACAUGACCAGAUAAUAGUACAUAAACCAUAAACAAGCCUACAUAGCACUAAGUCACAUACAGCUGUAGUAUUAUUGUUAUCAGUUAUGACAAUUUUGUUAUAUUUGUUUGCUCUACUUGAUAUGUAAUUCUUUUCUUGAACACUACUUGUGGGUUUUUUAUCUGGAGAAGAUAUUAUAUUUUAAGAUAUGCUGCUUAGUAUAAAAGACACCCUGCCUUUUUUUUAUGACUUUAUCUUGUUUUUUUUGUUUGUUUUUUUUUUCAAACUAAUGAAUUCCUGAGCUGUUGUGGUUAUUUAUGUAAAAAAUCCACUAGGGUCAAUCUGACUUAUAAAAAUGUUUCAUAGUGAGGAUGUCUUCAAAAAUAACGGUGUUAAUAGUUUUCAUUUAUCAAUUAACACCAUAUGUAGUCCAGUAAACAUAAUAAACAAACAAAAAAAAGCUAAAUCAAUAUUUGGUGUGACUUUGUCUUCAAAACUGCACCAAUUAUCCUAGCUACACCUGGACACAGUUUUUCCUGUUUGUUAUUUGAUAGGAUGUCCCAAGCUUCUUGGAGAAUUCACCUGUCAAAAAGCUACACUUUGAUGCUGCGCUGAUUUAGCGCUUUGGGAACAACUUUAGGAGUGACCGGCUGUGAA